AUGAGCUCUAUGAACUCCCGCCUCAAAGGCUUCGGGUUCGGGAAACGCAAAUCAGCCGCAAGCAUCCAGACCACCGAGGGGGUCCCUCCCGCCAGCACCCCUCCGCCAGGUCAAAUACCUCAACACCAGCAGAUCCCGCACCCCGGCCCGACGCCUCCCCUCGGCGCCUCGUCGUCGACGACCAGUCUCCCCAUGAACCACCCGGGCCCAGGCAACCGGCCGCCCAGCUACACGGCCAACUACCCUCAGGGCCCUCCCGGCGCGCCUGUCGACCGCACCAGCCCUCACCCCGGACCCCUCAACCGCACCCCGCCGAGCCAGAUGGCCGGAGGCCCGCCUCCCAUCAACACGGGCGCCCCCGUCGGCUACCCCCCGAACAUGAACCCCAUGGGCCAAGGGCCGCCGCCGAUGGGAGCUCCCGCGCCCGGCGGUGGCCCCCCCGGGUUCGGUGGCCAGCAGGGAUAUCCUCCCGGCGGACCGCCCCCGGCUGGAGGUCCCAUUGCCCAGCAGUACCAGCGAACGAACCCCGCCGCCGAGGUCGAGGGCGCGAGCAAGAGCAAGGCCCAGCUGAUCGUGGGCAUUGAUUUCGGCACAACUUUCUCCGGCGUCGCGUUUGCCUUCGCGACCAACAACGAGGCCAAGGAGGACAUCAUCACGGAGUGGCCAGGUGCUGGCUCGUACACGAAGCAAAAGAUCCCAACUGUCCUGUACUACGACCAGUACCAGAAGGUCGUCGGCUGGGGACCCGACAUCGCCGACGCCCUAGCCCCGACCGGCUACCCCAAGCCCGGCGUGCAAAAGGUCGAGUGGUUCAAGCUGCAGCUCAUGCUCAGCGGCAACACGUACAUUGACCCCAUCAACCUGCCUCCCCUGCCCCCGGGCAAGUCCGAAAUCGAUGUCGCGGCCGACUACCUCUUCAAGCUCCGCCAGGCUAUGCGGUCGGCGUUGCAGAAGACGCUGGGCGAGGUCUUCAACCGAGAGGAGCGCAACAUCCGGUACUACCUGACGGUGCCUGCCAUCUGGAACGACGCUGGCAAGGCGGCGACGCGUGCUGCCGCCAUCCAGGCCGGAUUCCUCCGCGACGAGAACGACAACCGCCUGACGCUGAUUUCCGAGCCCGAAGCCGCCGCCCUCUUCUGCUCCAAGACCGGUCUCCUCAACCUCAAGGUCCACGACGCCGUGCUCAUCGUCGACUGCGGCGGUGGCACCGUGGAUUUGAUCGCCUAUGAAGUGGAGGAGGAGAACCCCUUUACUGUUGCCGAGUGCACGGCUGGAUCCGGAGACUCAUGCGGCUCCACCGCCCUGAACCGCAACUUCAGCAACAUCCUGCGCACCAAGAUCCGCAAGAUGAAGCUGCCAGACGGGUCCAAGACGGCUGGCCGAGUCUACGCCAAGUGUAUCAUGGACUUUGAGAACCGUAUCAAGGCCGAUUUCCGCAACAACGGCCAGAAGUGGGCCGUCGACGUGGGCAUCGAGGCCGAGUUCCCCGAGGCCGGCAUCGAGGAAGGAUACAUGACCUUUACCAACGAGGAGAUUCUGCAGUGCUUCGAGCCGGUGGUCAACCGCAUCCUGGAGCUGGUGCGCAACCAGAUCAUCGCCAUCCAGGCGCAGAACCGCACGCUACAGAACAUCCUGGUCGUCGGUGGCUUCGGCGCCUCGGAGUACCUGUUCCAGCAGAUCAAGCUUCACGUGCCGCCGCAGUUCCAGUCCAAGGUAGUCCGCCCCAUGGACUCGGUGGCCGCCAUCGUCAAGGGCGCCGUCACCGCCGGCAUCACGGAGCGCAUCAUCACCCAUCGCGUGGCCCGUCGGCAUUAUCUCAUGGCGACGCUGCAGCCUUUCAAGGAGGGGUACCAUCCGGAGGCGUACCGCGUGCCCUCGCUGGACGGAAAGGACCGGUGCAAGUUCACGCGACAGAUCUUCGUGCAGAAGGGACAAAAGGUCAAGAACGGCGAGCCGGUCAAGGUGUCCUUUUUCCGGCAGGUCGCUCCCGGCGCCACACUCAUGUACGAAGACGUGCUGUACGCGUGCGACGACGAUGUGUGCCCCGAGUACACCAAGGAUCCUCGCAUCAAGGAAGUCGUGACGCUCACCUCGGACCUGUCGCGCAAGAAUCUCGAAAAGGACUUUGAGCGGAUGGACACACCGCAGGGCACAUUCUACCGUGUCUACUUCGACAUCUACCUAACGCUCGACGGCUCAGAAUUCAGCGCCGAGCUGGUGUGCCAGGGCGAGGUCAUGGGCCGCUGCCGGGCGCGCUUCAGGUAA